UCUAACCUUAUGCUUCUGUCUUCCUGUUUGGGUGUUGCAGCUGGAAAAAUGGCAGCUGAUAUAGGGAGAUAUAGGAGUGCUGUUAGCAAAAACAAAGACCCUUCUGGUCUUCUCAUCUCUGUUAUAAGAACUUUGUCCAGCAGUGAUGACGUGCAGGACAGGGAGAUUGAGAAGGGUCGUCUGGAAGAGGCCUUUGAGACGUGUGAUAGGGAUUUGGAUGAGCUGAUUGUUCAGCAUUAUGCUGAACUCACCACUGCCAUCAGAACCUACCAGAGCAUCACAGAGCGCAUCACCAGCUCCCGUAACAAGAUCAAACAGGUGAAGGAGAACCUCCUAUCUUGUAAGAUGCUCCUACACUGCAAAAGGGACGAGCUGAGGAAACUGUGGAUAGAAGGCAUUGAGCACAAGCAUGUCCUCCAGCUGCUAGAUGAAAUUGAAAGCAUCAAGCAGGUGCCUCAACAGCUGGAGGCCUAUAUGGCCAGCAAGCACUACCUUCAUGCCACAGAUAGGCUGGUGUCAGCUGUGGAGUCCUUGGAAGGCCCCCUGCUGCAGGUGGAGGGGCUUGGAGAUCUGCGCUUGGAGCUGAACAGCAAGAAGCUCAACAUCCACCUUGUGCUCAUUGAUGAGCUGCACCGACACCUCUACAUCAAGUCCACAAGUCGCCUGGGACACAAGAACAAGGACAAAAAUGUUACUCGCCCUCCAGGGUCCACAGCCAAAGACACAUCUCCGAUGCCUGUGUUGGAUGUCAGCAGCAUGUCCACCCCUCGCAAGCUUUUGGAUUCAUCACAGUUCAGUACACCUGGAUCCAGCAGUGUGCGCGAGCUGCAGCAGGAUGUGCGGGAGCUGAACCAAGCUGACCUCCCCGAGGUAGAUCCAGAGGAGAACAGUGCUGAGUUCAUGGGCAUCCUCAUCAAGGCUCUAGCCAAGUUGAAGAAAAUCCCAGAGACCAUCAAAGCCAUUAUGGAGCGGCUGGAACCUGAGCUGAAGCAGAUCAUCAAGAGGUCCACCACUCAGAUAGCUGACCAUGCUUACCAGAGAGGGGAAAACCUGGCCCAGGAGAGCCAGCCAAGGUUGCUGCUGGACCUGUUGGAACUUUUGUUUGAUAAGUUCAAGGCAGUGGCCCAGGCUCACAGUGUGGUAUUGACUCACCUGCAGCGGAUUGCAGUGCAAUGCCCAGGCGGGGCCUAUGAAGAGGGAAUCAAGCUCUACGACCAAGCGGAUGUUUCUGCCAAAAUCCAGACAGUGCUGCAGGUUCUGCUUAUGGAGUAUCUUGAUGUGAAGAACAGUCGCAGUGCCACGGAGCCGUCGGCUCAGCUCUCUUAUGCCAGUACUGGCAGUGAGUUUGCUGCCUUUUUUGCGAAGAAGAAGCCACAGCGUGCCAAGCAGUCUCUUUUCAAGUUUGAAUCAUCUUCCCAUGCCAUCAGCAUGAGUGCCUACUUGAGAGAGCAGAGACGAGAACUCUACAGCAAGAGUGGGGAAUUACAAGGUGGUGCUGAUGACAACCUGAUUGAAGGGGGGGAAAUGAAGUUUGUGUGUAAACCGGGAGCAAGGAACAUUACUGUGAUCUUCAAGCCUCUUCGCAGGUUCAUUCACGAGAUAGAAACGAGCAUGGGGCCGGGCCAGGCCAAGCAGUGCCAGCUCCAGACUUUCCUCACUUACUACAUCAAUGACCUAUUCCUCAACCAGGUGCGAACAGAAAUUAACAAGGAAAUUGAGGCAGUCAGCAAGACAGCCGACCCUUUGAAGAUCCUUGCUAGCGCCGAUACCAUGAAGGUUCUGGGUGUCCAGAGACCUCUGCUGCAGAGCACAGUGGUAGUGGAGAAGUCCAUCCAGGAUCUGAUGAGCCUGAUGCAGGACCUGAGUACCCACUUCAAUCAGUUCCUCGAAAUGGUCUGUGAUAAGCUCAAAGAGUACAAGGAAAUCUGCAACAGAGCCUACAGGGGUAUAGUCCAGUGUGAGGAGAAGCUGACCAUCAGUGCGUCAUGGUCUAAAGAUGAGGACAUCAGUCGUUUGCUCCAGUCCCUCCCUAACUGGGCAAAUAUGGCACAACCCAGGCAAACUCGGCAAAAGAGAGAGGACGAAGAGGACUUUACCCGGGUGGCCUUUGCUAAGGAGUCAGAGGUGCUGACUGGGAACCUAGGAGACAAGUUAAUCCCCCAGAAUGAGAUCCUCCGUGAUGUCAGUGACCUAAAGGCUCUAGCCAACCUUCAUGAGAGCAUGGAGUGGCUUGCUGGUCGCCUCAAGAAAUUCUACUCCAACCUGUCUCAGGCCUAUGGUGCAUCCACUUGCUCAGCAGAUAGUCAGAUGGUUGGUGAACGCAGCACGGAGCAGAUUCUCCAGACCCUGGGUGACCUGUCCAGGGGCUUUCAGGACAUUGCUGACCGCUGCCUACUGAUGCUACACCUGGAGGUCAGGGUGCACUGUUUCCAUUACCUGAUCCCCCUGACAAAGCAAGGAAAUUAUGCCAUUGUGGCUAAUGUUGAGAGCAUGGACUAUGACCCACUGGUGGUCAAACUCAACAAGGACAUCUCAGCCAUAGAAGAGGCCAUGGGGGCCGCCCUGCAGCAGCACAAGUUUCAGUACAUCUUUGAAGGUUUGGGUCAUCUGAUCUCCUGUAUUCUAAUCAACGGAGCCCAGUACUUUAAGAGGAUCAGCGAGUCUGGUAUUAAAAAGAUGUGCAGGAACAUCUUUGUCCUCCAGCAGAACCUCACCAACAUCACCAUGUCCAGGGAGGCGGACCUUGACUUUGCCAGGCAGUACUAUGAGAUGCUGUACAACACUGCAGAGGAGCGGCUGAACCUGGUGGUGGACCAGGGUGUUCGCUACACGGAGCUGGAGUACAUCAAUGCCCUAUCCUUGCUUCAUCGCAGUCAGACGGGUGUAGGGGACCUGAGCACCCAAAACACCCGGCUGCAGCGCCUUAAAGAGAUCAUCUGUGAGCAGGCUGCUAUCAAACAGGCCUCCAAGGACAAGAAGAUCACCACAGUGUAAUGAUAAGGACAGGGUUCAGAAGGGUGUUUUGCUGUGUGGAAUUCAGAGAAACAUGGUCUAUGAAAGAGAAUAACAGUGCGUAUUCCAAUCAAAUAACCUCUGUCCUACAUGUUUCUUGCUCCUUCAGAUCUGUGUAGCAGAUAAUUGGGUGAGGUAUACAAAAGUAGUAAAUGAAGGAGUAAAAAUCUUGCAGAGCAGAGGAUAUUUGAGAAUUGGGUUAGAAAACAGAAAAAGUUGCUUGCUCUAGAUUUAGAUCAUAAUGUGUGUGAAGCUAUAUCCUAUCUAUGAUGGAAAUGCAUUGUAAUCAAGGGCCGACACAGAUACACUUUCUUCAAACUCUGGGCAUGUAGAUUACAUAUGCAGCACUAACUCACUCUGACUGGGGAGCAAUGUGACAACCAACACAGAUGGAAGCUUACACAACUAGUUCCUUAGGUGUCUGUGUCAUAAGGUAACCUAUAUUGUCAUUUUUCACUUUUAAAAUACAUAACAAAUGCAGCAUGCAUGCUCAAAAUGUAACUGUCCCCCCUAGUCGCUAUGACUCUAGCUCCAGAAAAAAAGGCAAUUGCCUUGGACACUCACCCAAACUUAGGCCCCAUUGCAUCUCAUUUUCCUAUUAGAUCUAAACUGCUGCUCUCAAUUACACCUCUAUCUCUCCUCUCCUGGCAGCCCCAUGGGCCCACUGAUUCUGUCUGCAAUAACAGAUGCCAGAUUAGACUGUCUGAAUGAGGCCACAUCUUCUGCUCGCUGCCAAUUUGGGUUGGUCCCCAAAGAUUUCCCAGCUGAGAAAUGUAUCAUAUGUUUGUUUAAAAAAAUCUGUUUGUUCUGUCUUUUUUUUUUCUUAUAGUUUGAGCAGUAAACUUGUGCAUCUAAUAUGUUUGUUUUUAUUUAACAUCUUUUAGAAAUUGGACAAAAGACCAAAUAAUUAAGAUAUUUCUUUCUAAUUUCACUUUCACUCUUCAGUAAAACCAGGACAAGGUUUAUCCCAGAUGUAGAAUUAAUUGUUCUUUAUGUCUUAAGGUGAGGAAUACAUUUAAUCAGUCAUACUACGUAGCUUUAUAAACUGAAGCAAUGCAAUUCUGAAAAUUUACUUUGCUGUCCCCCACAUUGCCGGAGUGUUUUCAAAUGAACUAAACUCAACGAUCACAAAUCAUUCCCCUCCCUGCAUCCCUCCCUGUUUUAGUUCAUUAAUUUGGGAGAAAAGUACUUAAGAAGAAGAUAGGGGAAUGGGAGCUUUGUCAAUACAGCGGGCCCAGAGCUGGUGUCCCUGAAGUCCAUAGAGCAAUCCAUCAUAAUGACACAUAGGCAGGCAUCGGUGGGAGAACAGCUGUGGAGCUGCUGAGGAUUUCAGCUGCCACUCUGAAAUGUACACUUGGUGUAAAAUCUAAAAUUUGCUCAUUCAUAUGUUCACGUCAGAGCUACUUUGUAAUGUUAUACAUGGGAAACUUUAAUACAGUGUUAAGCAACUGACCACAGACAGAUGCUAUUACAUUACCGUCUCACUGCACACACACAACCCAUAAAAGACCAGAAACAUACGUACUGGGCAUACUCUGUGUAUGGAACCAUUACUACUCUCCAUGCUUUUUAUUUAUGAAUAUAAGUAAAAUGUCAUAAAGGUUAAAAAAAAAUUCCCCUAAAACUCCCCUUCUAUUUCAUGUUUCUUUUCCUUUGCAGUGCACCUUUAUUUUGUACAGAUAUUCAAUCAGUUUUAUGUUUCAAGUAAGAAUGAAUGAAAUUCUGUACAUCAAAGUGUGUUAGUUUUGAACAAGUUUAAACAACUUGCUUGUUCCUCUGGUCAGUGAAUGAAAAUAAACCAUCCAAAU